CCGCGUUUGCAGAUGGACGCUGAACGAGUUUUUACUGUGCUUGCCGAAGAAUCUAAGCUGAGGAUAAAAUACGUUGGGUGAAAAAGUUCGAGCUGAAAAAAUCGACUGGUGAUUGUGUACUGUGUGUGUGGAAAGACUUUUAUCAACAGUUGUUUUUCGACGGAUAAAGGGUGGACCAAAAUGUGGCCGUUCAGUAGCUCGUGUCGAAGCAAAGUACGGUUGACUGGAAAAACGAUCGUAAUAACAGGGGCUAAUACGGGCAUUGGAAAAGAAACGGCGAGGGAUCUUUACUGGCGAGGAGCUAAAGUCAUCUUGGCAUGCAGAGAUGUUGACAAGGCCAACGCCGCUGUGGAGGAAAUCAAAGCCGUCCCACCUUCCGAUCCGAAACGAGAACAAUUUAUCGGCGGGCCCGGUGAACUCGUUGUCUGCAAAUUGGAUCUGACCAGUUUAGCCAGUGUCAGAGAGUUCGCGAAACGCAUAUACGAGACAGAGUCGGUUGUCGACAUCCUCAUCAACAACGCCGGGGUCAUGAUGUGCCCCAAGGGGGUCACGGAGGAUGGCUUUGAGAUACAAUUCGGCACCAAUCACCUCGGCCACUUCCUCUUGACCCUGUUACUCCUGCCGUUGAUGGUUAACAAUGAGAAAGACUGUGAUCACCCUUCCAGAAUAAUCAACGUUUCGUCCGCGGCUCACGCGCGUGGUCAGCUCGACUUCGAAGAUCUAAUGUCGGACAAGUCUUACGUCCCCUUCAGAGCCUAUUGCCAAAGCAAGUUGGCCAAUCUGCUGUUUACGCGGGAAUUGUCUCGGCGAUUGCGAGAGACGGCCAUCACCGGUGUCAACGUCUACGUGCUCCAUCCAGGAGUCAUCAACUCUGAAUUAGCGCGCCAUUUUGAACAAAACAUCUCACGAGGCUUGAGAUUAGUUUUUGGAUUCUUCCGGACGUUCGUUAAAUCAGUUGAACAAGGCGCCCAGACGACCAUUCAUUGCGCCGUCGACGAAGCUGCGGCCGAGCAGACGGGACUUUAUUACUCGGAGUGUGCGGUAUCCCAGCCUUCACCCGCCGUAUUGAACGAUGAAAAAGCCGCCAGACUUUGGAAUGAGAGUGCAAAGUUCGUUGGACUUCCUAGCGAGAAUCUGGGGGAAAUAAUAGAGCAUGUUACCAAGGAAUUUCGUUCUGCUGAUACAGUCGAUGAAACCGAUAAACUCUCGAAGGAACCUCACACUUCGAAAUGAACAACUUGCAUCACGUUAGAUUAUUUUUAUACCGAUCAUUUUCGAUAUCAACUUUACAUGUCAUUCACCAAUAAAAUAUUUUCUUACUUUCUGUAA